AUGGACAGAGGAGAAAGAGAGGAGAUGAUGGUGGACAUCUAUGAAGAUUUAGAUUCAGCAAGAAGUGAUGAAGUGAUAAUAAACACAGAGAAGAGGAGUACAGAGAGACAGCAAGAGCUUCAACAUACAGGAAGAGUCUCAGUGAAGAACAGAAGACACAGAUCAGUUCAAGUGUGUUUGUGUUUACUGUCUGUUCUUCUGUUCACUGCUGUAAUAGUCAUCUGUGUCUAUUUCAACAAUGAAAGAAACCAACUACUAACACACAACUAUAACUUAACUAAAGAAAGAGAAGUGUUACAAACACACAACUAUAACUUGACUAAAGAAAGAGAAGUGUUACAAACACACAACUAUAACUUGACUAAUGGAAGAGAAGAAUUACUUAGAAAAUACAAUAAGUUACUAAACCAGAACAAAAACAAGACUGAUGAACUCUUCAAUGCCUUAACAGAUUUGCACUUCAGUAGCUUUACAUGGAUUUACUACAAGUUCAGUUUUUAUUACAUUUCAUCUGAUUAUAAGAGCUGGAGUGACAGCAGACGAGACUGUAAAGAGAAAGGAGCAGAUCUGCUGAUAAUAAACAACAAAGACGAAGAAGUAUUUUUGCGUAUGCGUACUGGUUAUAACAUUUGGAUUGGUCUGACAAAAGAACAGGGAGUCUGGAAAUGGGUUGAUGGCACCACACUGACAUCUGGCUACUGGAUAGGUGGAUAUCCCAUAAAUCCCAAUAAUCCCAACAAUUGUGCAGUCAUGACUGCAUUUGGAUGGGUUAAUAAUCCGUGUUAUCUGAAGUAUAGAUGGAUAUGUGAAAGAAGAAUUGCUUGAAUAUGUCAUGAUAUAAUGAUGUUUAUAUAAAUAAACCAUGUAGAUAUGUUUGUUUAAUAUGGAAGUAAAUUAAUUCUCUAAGAGUUCAUAUUUUAAGUUUUGACCAUAACUGUCAUAUUCAUAACAUUGGAUUUGCCAUUAAACUGAAGUUUAACAAACACACAACAUUAUAAUGAUGUGUGACCAUAUAAUGUUAUUGGUGUAAUAACUAAAUCAAGUUGGGUAAAAAAUUGUUCUUGCAUUUACUAGUAUGUUUGUGGUGAAGUUACCAACUUUGAGCUCAUUGUGGUAAACUAAAAUAAACUGUGAAAAUGACAAGCGGAUAAUAUACCCAGAAAACAUCAAACUAUUUCUAACAUUCAUGCUGAUUAUGUAUGUAUGUGUAUGUGUUAAGCUUGUGUCAAAUGAUUAUAGCAGCUUUGGGAUCAGGGCCUCUGCAUUUAAGAUGAUUAUUGAAGAAUAUUUAAUAUGAACUUAAUGAUAUGAUGCUACGAUGUUAUCUGAAUAUAUUCUAUGAUGAACUUUAGAUGUAUUUUGAUGUUUUGUUCCUAUAAAUUGUUUUGUACUCCAUCAAAACAUGCAAGUAUUAACUAUACAGAAAAUAAUGUUUGGUGUUUACAUGGUUUUUACUGAAUCAGAUUAAAUAAAAAUGCUUAACAUGAGAUUUUUUCUUUUGUACAUUCAAAGCAGCCUGUUUUGCUGUAAUACCACAUUAAACUCUUAAUAUAACCAAUACUGCAGUUUAUUAUGUCUCUCUCUGAGAAAUUCACCUACA